CCAGGUUACGUUGUGACGUCAGCGUGGAGCCUGUGGACGGAGGGAGCGCGCAUAGGUCGGGAGCGGAGACAAGAGGGCUGGCACUUGCAUUCCUGUCCAGGAGGAGGUCAGGGGCACGGCCACAGCCGACGUAUGCCCAGCGAGAGGAGGAGUUCCACGCCCCACCCAGACCCUGACCACCAAGAGAUGCCUGUGCCAGGACGGGCUCACUUAAGACUGGCCUGGAGAGCAGACUCUGCGUGUGGGUACCACAGCUACCAGGACUGAACUCGGACAUGUUCAGUGGUCAUCCCAGAUGAGCGGAUGGAGGAUCGCUGUUACGUCACCUGGUUGGGGCUAGAGACGCAAGACGGCAUAUGAAAGCUGCGAGUGGGCACCGCCAGGGCAGGACGCUGGGAAGCUGCCACCAUUGAAAAAGUUGGAAUAUUGCAUUAAAAAGCUGUUUUUGUCACUGCCAUCCAGACAUAGCAGAGUCUCACCUCUUGCAGCAUCUCUCCAUUGGUUUCUUCCAUACCAAGAAGUAGAAGAACGCAGAAGAUACCGCCUGCUCAUACUCAUCUUAUCCGGCCAGUGCUUAUCGCCUGCUCCCCAUCACACACCAUGAGCUCCAUGCUCCCCUUUGAUAGCUUGCUAUGUAACCUCCUGGGCCUCUCCGUCACCCUGUGGUUCACCCUCCUGCUGGUCUUCAUCAUCGUCCCUGCAAUAUUUGGGGUGUCAUUUGGCAUCCGCCAGCUGUAUAUGAAAAGCUUGCUCCGUAUUUUCACGUGGGCAACUCUGCGGAUUGAGAGAGGAGUAAAGGAAAACAGUCACACGCUGUACAAGCCUCUCAGCAAUGGAAUCAUCGCCAGAGACACCAUGUCCCUGGAGGAGGGUAUGUGGGAGCUGCGCAGCAAUGGCCGGUCAGUUGACAAGCCGGAGUUCGAGCUGUCGGACAUCUUUUACUUCUGUCGGCAGGGCAUGGAGAGCUUAGUGGACGAUGAUGUGACCAAGUGCUUCUCUGCGGAGGAGCUGGAGACUUGGAACCUGCUGACCAGAACCAACUACAAUUUCCAGUACAUUAGCCUGCGUUUAACUGUGCUGUGGGGGCUCGGCAUGCUGGUGCGGUACACCUUCCUGCUGCCACUCAGGAUUGCUCUGGCGUUCACGGGGGUCAGCCUUCUGGUGGUCGGCACUUCACUAGUAGGAUACUUACCGAAUGGCCAGGUGAAGGAGUUCCUGAGCAAGCAUGUGCACCUCAUGUGCUAUCGGAUCUGUGUGCGUGCCCUUACUGCAAUUAUAACCUAUCAUGGCAGUGAGAACCGGCCGAGGAACGGGGGCAUUUGUGUGGCCAAUCACACCUCUCCGAUCGAUGUCAUCAUCCUGGCCAGUGAUGGAUACUAUGCUAUGAUUGGACAAGUCCAUGGGGGCUUAAUGGGAAUAAUACAAAGAGCGAUGGUAAAGGCCUGUCCUCAUGUUUGGUUUGAACGUUCAGAAGUCAAAGAUCGCCAUCUGGUGGCUAAAAGGCUGAUGGAUCACGUUGAGGGCAAAAGUAAGCUGCCCAUCCUAAUAUUUCCUGAAGGUACCUGCAUCAACAACACAUCGGUCAUGAUGUUCAAAAAGGGAAGCUUUGAAAUAGGAGCCACAGUGUAUCCAGUGGCCAUUAAGUAUGAUCCUCGCUUUGGCGAUGCCUUCUUUAACAGCAGCAAAUACAGGAUGAUCACCUACCUCCUACGAAUGAUGACAAGCUGGGCCAUAGUGUGCAGUGUCUGGUAUCUACCUCCUAUGACACGUCAGGAAAAUGAGGACGCAGUCCAAUUUGCAAACCGGGUGAAGUCUGCCAUCGCUCGGCAGGGUGGACUUGUCGAUCUGCUCUGGGAUGGAGGGCUGAAACGUGAAAAGGUCAAAGAUGCUUUCAAAGAGGAACAACAAAAGUUGUACAGUCGUAUCAUCUCUGGAAACCAGGAGAACCGAAGCCGCUCGUAAGCCCCAGCAUCGGGGUGCAGGCUCUGUUCUGACCUACCCUGCUGCUCCACACCACAGGAAGAAGACUCUGAGCCGCAGGAAUCCAAGCCAUGAAGUGAGGGCCGAGAGAACACACAACAUGGAGUCAGUCCGGAUUCAUUUGUCCAUGAAGAACUGUAAUAGUAGGAGGCAAGGGGCAUUUACUAGGUGUCUGCUGCACCCAUGGGAUCACAUGUUCGAAAGGGUUAGGAGGACGGUGGUCUCUUAACCACAGGGUCUGUUUCCUGACUCAACUAUUAUUUUGGUUUGAAGGCUUAUUGAAUGUUUCGGGUCUCACAGAAUGUAACUGGUCAUAUUCUGUGAGACAUUACACUGUUACAGGCUGCUGGUGAUAUGAAACUAGUGCCACCCUCAAGGGAUAAACCUGACUCAUUAGAACUUGCCUGAGAACCAAGGUUACAGGACCUGAUCACCUGCAGGAACUAAAGUGAAGCCAGCAAGGCUUGGACCUCUUCUUACCGCCGUGGCUGAUAUUUUCCAGUACCCAGCUUCUCCUGAGACAGACAAGUCAUUCAGAUUCUUUCAAGUUACCUUCGCUUCUCGUCAUGGAAGAUAGGACGGUGACUCGCUCUUAACAAUCCUUUAAGCCAAAAACACUACGGGUUAAUGAUACCAGUGUGUUUGAAACCCCUCCUGGGAGUCCAUAAUGAAUGAGACAUGUGCCUCCCUUCUUAUCUGUUACACCCCGUCCUGCAUGGGCCCUAGGGCCACGUUCCUUGUUUUGUUUUUAUAAGGUCAAUGAAAUUAAAUAUCUUGGCAAAAAAAAAAAA